CACGGAUCUGGUUAGGAUCCAUGACAUCUGCACUCUGCAGGCUGGAGAGUGAGAGCAGAGAGCGGCUUCCGCAGACCUGACAGAUGAGCGCCGAUACAACGGGGCCGCCCUGGUAGUUUAUUAAAAAAGCUCCAGUUGUUAGAAACAGAAUGGAGCUGGAAGAGAGGGGCCUACAGCUGCUUGAUGUGGCGGAACUGGAGGAGCCUCAGCGUGGGCUCCGUGUGCUGGAAUGGCUGCGGCACCUGCGGAGAGUGCUCCCCGUUAUUACGCGGGCCGAAAUAAAGGAGAACCAGAAGCAGUUGGUUGAGCAGUUGUUGCUUGUAAUGAUGGGCUUUCCUGGGCCACCAGCUCGUCGCCUCUUGGCUUAUAAUAUGGCUUUUGUGUACAGCUCUGGAGAUACCUUUUCAGUAUAUGAGACUAUCGAUCGAUGUAAUGAUGUUAUUCGCAGUAAGGAUGAUUCUCCCAGCUACCUCCCAAGUAAACUUGCCGCUGUUGCCUGUCUUGGAGCACUGUACCAAAAGUUGGGCCGCCUUUUAGGAAGCACUUUCAGUGACACCGUGUCCAACCUGCUGAAAGUACUGCGGAGUGCUGAGUCCCAAGGACGUUCAGAGAUCAUGUUAAGCCUUGAACGAAUACUCAAAGGCUUGGGAUCUGCAGCUAUUCCUUGCCACCGGGACAUCUACAAGGCAGCUCGUUCCUGCUUGACUGACCGUUCAAUGUCAGUGCGCUGCUCUGCUGCACAGUGUCUCCUGGCUCUACAGAAGGAGGCAUCUUUUAUGUGGGGCUCUGAUCUCGAGAGCCUGGCUUCCAUUUGCUUCAAGGCUUUCGAAGGCAGCAGUUAUGAAGUACGGCUUGCGGUAGCUAGGCUGCUUGGAAAAGUGCUGGCAAGAGCCAUGCAGGGAGCCACAUCACCAAGGCAAAAUGCCCGUAAGCUGUCACUGCAGGAGGUCCUUGGCUUGCUGUCAACUGGCUUCCUGCGGGGCAACUCUGGCUUCCUGCGAGGGGGAGGAGACAUGCUAGGAGGCACAAGUGUGACUACACGCCAUGUCCGAUUGGGAGCAACACAGGCCUACAUUGUGUUUAUCAGAACACUAGGGGGACACUGGCUUGCUAGGAAUGUUCCUGUUCUUCUGUCACACAGUUUGGAACUGAUAUCCAACCCAAAAGCCAUUCAAAAUCCAACAGAUGCUGCCUGUUCCCGCUGCUGCAUCUCCUACAUUCUGCGAGCCACAGUAGGAGAACUCCUGGGAGAGAAGGCUCAGCUAGAAGCUGCCCGUGAGAUCUGUGAGGUCAUAAGAAAGCUUAUGAAAACAGUAGAUGCUGUGCUGAGCGACAGUAACUUGGAGACACGUUUCUGUACCACUGACAUCUCUGCCAGUCAGCAUGUUUUAGUCUGUGCCCUACAGGAGCUUGGUGACCUUUUCCUUGGACUGGGUACUAUUCUGGCUCCCCUGCUUAAAGACUCCAGUGCUGGAGUCCUGGACACUGUACUUUCUGUGUCUCUUCAUCCUAGCCUUAGUGCCCGCUUGGCUGCUGCAUGGUGUCUUCGCUCUGUGAUUGUGUCUUUGCCCUCACUUGCUGCCCCUGUACUAGACAGGUGUGUUGAGCGGCUAACAGCCCUGAAAUCUUCUCCAGAAGCAGUGAGUGGCUAUAGCCUAACUGCAGCAGUGCUGCUUGGAUCCAUCAGGCUGUGCCCUCUCGGUGUUCCACAUGGUAAAGGGAAGGUUGUGAUGAGUUUGGCGAAGGACCUGCUGUGCACUGCCUCCCAGAACAGUCGCUUUUCCCUGCAAAGGACACAGGCAGGGUGGCUGCUUAUAGCCUCACUCAUGACUUUGGGUCCAGCAGUGGUUCAGUCUCAGCUGGGCUGUCUCCUACUUCUUUGGCGCAGUGUGUUCCCUGUCACCCCCAAAGAUCUAGACACUGAGCGGAGAAGGGGAGAUGCUUUCACCUGGCAGGUGACUUUAGAAGGACGUGCAGGAGCACUGGGUGCUAUGCGGAGCUUUGUUUCCCACUGUGGCGAGCUUAUGUCCGAGGAGGUUUUGCAAAGGCUGCUGCCGCCCCUUCCCUGUGCCAUAGCUUUGCUUACACUACUUCCAUCACUACAGAAACUUUAUGGGAAUUCCCUGAAGGCUUGCUCGGUUCUGUACAGACAGAGGCUUUACCAGCUGUUAGUUUUGCUGCCUCCCAAGACUUAUGAAGAAAGCUUCUGUGCUGUCAUGAAGGAGCUGGUUGCUGAUCUGACCUCCCCUGAUUACUCUCCUGGGGGCGCUGCAUUCCUGCUUUCUUCCGUUUGUCAUCCAGAUGACCUGGUGCUUUUGGGUCCCUCCUUUCAGGAAUGUGACCAAAGGGCAACAGAAGAGGAGCUUCUCCUCAGCAGUGGGAUUCCAGGUGGUUCUUUGGAAUACGACCUUCAUGCCAUCUAUGAAUUGCCCUCAGAAGGGGAGUCUGUGCCUAAGCCUCUGCCUUCAGCCUUCACAGUCAUUCAGGCUGCAUCUUUACUGUUUGGCACCCUUCUGGCACACAUGCCCGAAUCACAAAGACCGCAGAUAUUGCAGCAGUUGGUGGAGUCUAUUAAACAGACCAAGGGCUCUCGUCAGCAAAGUGUUCAGUUGUGUGCAAUGUCUUCUCUUUGCAACUUCCUUAAGCACUUAGCAUCCAGCCGGAGUAAUCUGGGGCCGGAGGAAAUGCGCAAACCCUGUCUCAGCCUUAUCCAAGCAGUGCUGGAGGGCAAUAGCCUGUGGCUCCGCUGUGCUGGAGUAGAAUCCGUGGCUAGGCUUGUUCAGGUGGUGGAUGAUCCUACAUUUACUGCUGGACUUAUACAAGCCAGCUUUGACAAAUUAAAAACCGCUAGAGACGUUGUGGCCCGAACUAGUCAUUCUUUAGUGCUAGGCACAUUACACAGAUAUCUUGGGGGGAUCAACUCCUCACAGCACCUUGCAUCAUGUGUAGGUGUCCUACACUCUCUGUCCCAGGACACCACAUCUCCUGAAGUCCAGACCUGGGCUCUGCAUUCCCUUUCUGUCAUCACUGAUUUAUCUGGACCCCUGUUUAAUGUGCACAUAGAGGCCACACUGUCACUCCUUCUCACUGCACUGAUCACUACGUCCCCUUCCCACCCUGAGGUGCACCGCAGCCUGGGACGCUGCUUAAGUGCACUUGUCACUGCACUGGGCCCGGAACUCCAAGGAAAUGGGGCUGUAUUGUCUUCACAGAGAACCUCCUGUUUGCUGGCCUGCUCAGUGAUGCAGGAGAACCCAGACUGCUUGGUACAAGCCCAGGGUAUUAGCUGUCUGCAGCAGCUGCACAUGUAUGCUCCAAAGCAUGUCAACCUAUCCAGCUUAGUGCCCACUUUGUGCGAAGUCUUGCUGGAUAAUACUAUGUUGGUUCAUCUGUACAGCCCACAUUUGCCUCUGCGCCGGGCAGUCUUGGCAUGCCUGCGGCAACUGGCACAGCGGGAGGCAGCAGAAGUAUCUGAACAUGCCAUGACUGUAGCUAAAGAAGGCCACGAGGACUUAAAAAUGGAAAUGAAUAUGAGGGAACUGGGCUUGGAGGGCGUUCUGCUAAGCCUGUUGGAUAGAGAGAGUGACCAGCAACUGCUGCGAGAUGUUAAGGAGACUCUACUGCAUAUGCAGAAUUGCACUGGACUUUCCCGUCUUUCCUUUUGGUUACGAAUGCUAAAGGACAUCCUUUCAGCUUCUGCAGACUUUGCAGCUGUAGCUUCUGUAGACACAAACCAGGAGGAUGAAGGUGAGGUGGCAUGCUCAGAUUCAGUGUUGACUUCAUCAAAAGCAGAAAGCCUGGGUUCUUCAGUUACCCCUCACUGGAAGACCAGAAUCUUUGCCAUGGAGUGUGUCUGUCAGCUUAUAACUCAGUGUGAAUUAGAUGGAGGCGCUCACUUUGACAUGGCUCAGGCUCAGGAGAUGAAGCACAAGGAACCGGAACGGGAUUUCCUGGUUCUGCACCUGCAGGACCUGAUUCGCAUGUCUUUUAUGGCCGCCACAGAUCACAGUGAGCAACUACGUCUAGUUGGUCUCCAGGCGCUGCUACUAGUCAUUCACAGGUUUGCUGCUGUGCCAGAGCCAGAGUUUCCUGGACACCUCAUCCUGGAACAGUUUCAAGCUAAUGUAUUGGCAGCAGUGCGACCCGCCUUCAACACAGACACUCCUCCUGAUGUAACUGCCAGAGCAUGUGAGGUCUGCAGUGCAUGGUUAGCAAGUGGGGUGGUGAAGGAACUUGCUGACCUUCAAAGAGUCCAGCAGCUGCUCCUAACUUCCCUGAGGAGAGUGCAGGUAGCAAAAGAGACUGCCAGUGUCUACAGUGAAAGCACAACUGCCAUGGAGAGCCUGGCAGUACUGAAAGCUUGGGCAGAGGUAUAUAUAGCAGCUAUGGAGAAGCAGGUAACGCAAAGCAAGAUGGCUGAGGCCCAAAAUGAAGUCCUUCUUUCCCUGGUCCAGGCUGAAUUGCUGACCCUUAGUGGGCUGUGGCUCGCAGCAUUGCAAGAUCAUGCUCUACUCACACUGCCAGCUGCGUGUGCUUCUCAGCUGCCUUCACAGGGUGGAGGUUUCUACACAGCUGAGACCAGUGAUGCUGCCAGGCCUCAUUACCUCCUGUCCUGGGCCCCUAUCCUUCAUGCCUCUUCUUUGUGGCUAAGCAGCUCUGGAUUCGUCCUUCCUGAUCAGGAUGAGGGGAACGGUCACUUAUCCCGCCCAGUCACUCCAACUUCUAUGGGGCAGGAACGGGGUUCACAGUUGCCAGCUGAUUCCCCAGAAGAUCUAAAUUUAGAGAGGUUUCAUCUCAUUCUUGGUAUUAGUGUUGAGUUCCUUUGUUGCCCACCGGUAGAUGCGCCAAUGGAGCGGAUUACCUCCUGUCUUCGGGCAUUGAAGGCCCUACUGAGUGGCAUGUGGCCAAAGGCUCAUAUAGGAACUGAUCAGGACCUGGCUAUUGAGUUAAUUUCUGUGCUGCAUCGCUUGCUGCUUAUGCGAGAAUCUUCAGAGGUGCAGCUUCUAGUACUAGAGGUUGGGAGACUGAUUGUGAAUGCUGCACAGGAUCAUGUGAGGGAGAGGCGAAGGAGUGCUGAGGUGGAUGAUGGAGCUGAAGAGAAGGAGACCUUGCCGGUGUUUGGUGAGGGACAUGAUACAGGUGGCCUGGUGCCUGGACAUUCCCUGGUGGUUGCGGCAUUGGAACUGUGUCUUUGUAUUCUCAUCCGACAAUUACCCCAGCUCAGCCCCCACCUUUCUGGGGGGUCAGUAGUAGGAAAAACAGAGCCUUUGUUUUCUGAAGCAAGACUCCUUGUUGCGUCUUCACUUGGCAUUUUGGCUGAACUGCCAUCCCUGUGCUCUCCAGAGGGCAGUGUAUCUGUUCUUCCUACCUUGCUCUACUUAGUAGUGGGUGUACUACAAGACACUACUGUGAAAUUCCCUGAUGGGCACCUGACUUUGCCAGUCACUGCUGCCCUUCAAGCACUGAAGGUUAUCGUGUCAUCGCCCAUGUCCCAAGUGGAGAAAUGCAGAGCAUCAUGGACCAGACUUAUGCAAAGUGCCGUCUCCACGCUGCUCAACUCCUGGCACUUAGAACGGCAGCUGGUGCCAGACUCAGUCAGCCUUCUGACUGCCCUUACUAUAUUCCUGCUGUCAGCAAAUCCUGAAGUUAUGUCUGAUCCUGGAUUGCAGAAUGCAUGUGUGCAGAGGUUCCAGAACAGCAUCGACAGCAAGAAUCCUACAGAGCAGUUAAAAUGCUACCGGCUGCUGCUAUCCAUUUUCAAACACCCUGUGCCUGAGGUGGUGGCACCAUAUGUGUGCAGUCUGGCACCUCGCAUCAUGAGACACCUAAGUCAGGCUGAGAGCAGGAAGCCACAGAGCAUGGAAGAGCUAUUGGUUCUUCAGGAGGGAGUGAAUCUAUUAAAAACACUUGUGUCUGCCGUCGAGGAACAGAACCGUCCUUCCAUGGUGUGCAUGCUGCUGCACCUUCUUAUCUCCUUCCUCCUGGAUGAAAAUGCACUUGGCUCUGCACCCCACUAUUCCCGUGCUCUCCAUGACUUUGGCUUGCACAGCCUGACCAGUUUUGGUGCCAGCUAUCCGACCCAGUUUCGCAAGUUGAUGGGUUCUUCCCCAGCCCUUCGAUCCCGCCUGGAAGCUGCUCUCCGGGGCAACCAGGAGAGUUUAAAGCCUAAGGCUCCAAGCCGAGGCACCAUGGGAGGAAGUCAUGGUUCCCCCAGCAUUCAGCUGAAGACCAAUUUCCUGUGAAAUAACCACUAUUUCCCUUAUUUCUCCGUUAAGAGACCGAACCGUCACUUAACAAUUUCCUUUUAAAGCCUUAAAGUUACUUAUAUUUUUAGUUUCAUAUUCUUACUCCGUUGUUAGGCAGGCUUGCAAUGCAGGCUAGUCUUUCAGCUAUUUGUUUACAAUGACUAAUAUUUGCCUUUUUGUGUCGCACAGUAUACUGAGCAGUGAUCUAUCCCAAAUGCCUUACAGGGUUGAGUUGAUCAGGUGUAAAUCUGUGGCUUUCCGGUUGUUGGCUGUUGUAAGACUACAAUCCCAAUAUUCUGUAAUAGCCAAAAGUUAAAGAUCCCUGCCCUAAGCAAUGCUGUGCUUUUCUGCAUCUCAUACCUUUUGAUAAGUCUUUAGGGUAAUGAUUGUGCAGUAGUUUUUGAACACAAAAGGGCUGCGUUUCAGUGUAGGAGUUAUAUGAAGCAAUGUUCUAUAGGACUUGAAGUGUGAAUUUAUUGUCACAUACAACCCAUUUGUGUGAAUAGAUUAGCUGUGCCUCUCCUCUUUGCACUGUGUAGUAUCAGUGUUUAAAUUCUUUGAUGAUGUGAAUUUCUAUACGUGGCACAAAUUGCACCGAAAAGAAUGAAGGAAUGUCUGAUGAUCAAUGCUUUUGAUGUGUGUGGUAAUGAAGAAGUUAAGCUUUUCCAGCUGCCACUUAUGGUUUGCACUGCUUGUCUUUUGCUGUGUUUUGCUCUUGGUUCUUAGAUUAAGAAUACCAAGCUUAUGUAAUUAAAAAGGGCUGCUACUAGGUCUGCUUUUAAGAUUUCUAUAUGGAAAAACAGAUGUCAUGGUUGAUGAUAAGCUCUGCCAGUGCUUUUAACCAUAGCAAUCAAUCAGCAAUUGUUAAAGGUCUUAUCCAACUGCAGGUAAUUAAUAUUGACCAGGCUGGCCUCCUCUUAAUUUUGCCCAGGUUUGCUUGUUUGCCAUCUAACAGAUUAGUCAGAUACAAGGAAAGGCUGUGAUGUCCUUUGCAAAACAGUGGAUGCCCCUCAGCAAUUUAAAAAAAAAAACAAAAAAAAAAACCCCAAAAAAACUAGGACUAGCAGCACUAUACAGUGCUGUAUAUUAAGUAGGAAUGGAAGAUUAUCAGGUGGUCUCCUGUGCAUCCAUAUAGGCCACACAGUUCUGAUUUUUCAUUAUAAUGCCAGACCCAUUAGUGCAGUACUUUAUGGAGAGUUUAUCAUUCUCUGCACCAGUGGAGCUUACAGUCUACUGUACCUAUCACAUUUACACAACACACUGGAGCCAAUUAAGCUGCCUGUAUGUUAUUUGAGUGUGGGAGGAAACCGGAGCACUCCGGGUCAAGACACACAGACAUGGGGAGAACAUACAGACUCCUUGCAGAUAGUGGCCAGAUUAAAUUUGAAUUUAGGACCCCAGUGCUGCAUCCUAUAGGCAGCCCAUCCAAGUACUUAAUGCAACGUCUGUUUAGGUAGUUUCUCAGAACCAAGUGGUAGGCUUGCCGUUGACUAAAUACAAACUGCCAUUGCAUAAUUUUCACUCAUAUAAAAUUAUAUAAAUAUGGACAGUAAUUUGGAUUUGGCUUUUCUUACCCCGAUUUCUUAUAUCUCUAACUCUGCUUGUAAAGGCAGCUGUGGCGUAAGGGUAGUUCAUUUACACAUAAAGCACAAGGGAAUUUUGACAAAUAUGCACUGACUAUAUGCAAAUGCAAGGCACUGUUGUAGGUGGGCACUGGACUUACCUGUGGCCCUUAUAUCUUAUGCUUUGCUUUAAAAAUAGGUAGAAUCUGAUAAGUAAAGCAUAAAAGUACUUAUUGGAAGUAGAAAAUAUCUUAAAGACACUUUUCUGCUAUCCAUUUCCCUUGACCUGAAAUUUUGGGUAUAGUAAUUUUUUUUUUAAGGGCAUGGCCAUCUUUUUGCAGAGUGUUACAAAAGUGGUAGGACUUUGCAAAAUAAACCCUUUUCCCUGAUAUAACAGGUUGGUUUCUGAAUUGAAGUCCUAUUGGCUGUCAAUAGGAUUAAUUGUAUGCAAAUUAACAAUUACAGUGCUGGAGUGUUAUGGACAACAACAGUUUAUUUCUCCCCACUAGUAUCUUCUGCAUCUUAAAAGAAGAAGACGGGGUCGGCGACCCCUUCAGUAGAGGUGAAAUCCAAAUCCACAAGAUCAGUAGGAAGGAACUUUACUUAAUUAUUACUUUUUCUUAUGUAGACUUUUAGACUGAUGAAACAAAUGGGUAGUACAAUUAAAAUGAUGUCAAUUUAUUUAAUCAGUGAAAUUAUUAAGGUAAAUGUUUAAGCUAGUGGGUUAAAUCAGUUACAGCAUUGCCUCCUAGGAUCUUCAAGGGAAUACCUUUACCGGAACAUAUAGUAGAUGGGCCUUUUGUAAGCAACUUUUCAAUUGUUUUUCAUUAUUUAUGUUGUUAUGAUGUCAGAAUCAUGUGAAGGUUUAAGCUACAGCCUGAAUACUUGAGUGCUGUCAGCCUGUGAAUAUAAGGAAGAGGAAACUGCACACAUUUACCAGGACAGAAGCUAUGUAUUAAAUGUAGUACAUACAAUGUGUGCUGUCAGCCUGUGAGUAUACCAAGGGAGAGGGAAAAAGUGUGCACAUUUACAAGGACAGAAGCUACAUAGCUUCAAUGCAGUACAUACUAUGUGUGCUACUGCCUUGAUAACUGUGAUGUUCCUGUUAUGGUAAUUCUGGAUGCCUUUGCUCUUGUGUUGCUCUGAGCUAAUAAAAACAAUGGCUGAAUUGGCAUCAGUCAGGCAAUACUGCACUUUACGAAGGAUUUCUCUCAUUUUCAGCCUGAGACACAUUACUACUUGUGAAAGGUUAGCUGUUUAUAAUAGCGAUUCUGACUACAUACCAGAGCCAUGGGUGGCAUUUUUGUGCUUUUCAUGCAAAGUAUCCUAUUUUAGAGUAAAAACACCAAAAAUAAUUUUAGAUUGUAAGCUCUAACCAGCAGGGUCACACUUACCUCCUGUAUUGGUCAGUAUUUAUAUGUUUGAAUUAUACACCCUUCUGUUAUACAUCACUGUGAAAUCUUUUGGUGCAUAAUAGAUGACAAUAUUAAUCCCAGACUAAUGGGAAGUGCUGGAAGUCAUACCAGAUAAUUAUACAUAGCAAUAUAUUGCCGUGUUGAUUUCCCCUGCUCACAUACAUGAAGUAUCACCCCACACAAUCUAUAUAGCAUUAAUGUUCCUUGUUUAGAUGAAAACCAAAUAUAUGUGUGUGUGUGUGUGAUGUUCCCUGUCUCUGUAAGGGAAGAUGAUCCCAGUCUUUGCCGUGCAUGUUGUUUUACUUUAACUGCAGUAUUAUUAACUGUGAAUUAUACACCCUUGUGAUUUUUACAACAUGUCUGAGCACUGAUAGAACUAGGCACGGUUUGUGUGUCUGACCAUGAAAACCUGUACUGUAUUUCUCUUUGAUGCUUGUUUUUCUUACUAAUUAACCCUCUUGCUGCUGGCAGGGAGUUUUAUGCUCUCCGCUGCAGCAGUAAAUGCCUUUAUCCCUAUGGAUGACAAGAAAUGACACUACACGAAUCCUUGUUUUCUAUUUACAAAAAAAAAAAUAAACACUAAUUUCUACAUGAA